AUGGACCAACCAUUGCAUGUCCUGCUGGAUGCUGCGUGCACGCAACGCGAUGCGUCGCGUGAGCUCAUCGAUGCCUUAGCAGCUGUCCAGAACGUUGAUGUGAAUGAGGCCGAGGCAUGGGCCGAUCAACUGAGGAAAGAAGUUGCUAGUCCACAAAGCGAUCGACGCAUACAAGUGAUGGCGCUGGUGGGGUUCGUGUGUCUAGCGAAUGCGCCCCUUGCAAUGGGUCUUGUAGAUGCAUCACUCUUCGAUAUGCUUGCUUCACUUACGAACGCGUCUUCAAACGAAAUAGAAACGUGUGCCAUGGCGCAUUUGCUCAGUGAAGGAGCGUCUCACACUGCGCUACGGUCCAAGCUUGCUACGCGACCCAGCAUAGAACAUUGGCUCUCCGCGCAUGCCCAGAGCUCCCUCACCGAUGAACGUGUGCAAGUGUGUCUUGACCUCGUGCGCAUCAAGUUCGCGAUCGGUACCAAUAAAAGGCAGCAUGCCCUUUCCCUGCCAUUUGACACAUGUAAACUGAUGUUCGAGACAUUCUGUGCAUUCCUCGAGUCGGCCUCUGUGUAUGAAAAGCAGGAGCUUCUGUCAUUUGAUCCAGCGCAAGUAGCCAUAGCUGACGCGCUCGAGGGUUUGUUCUAUCUUGUGUCGAUGCCUGCGCUGCGUGUGGCGUUGAGUGAACGGACUCGGACGCUGCAUGUUCUGGCCCUGUUCCUUGGGGCGUCAACAAAGAGAAAGACCCUGUUCCCCCCGCGUGGGUCAUCCAACAGGGAUCACAGCAAUAGUGAAGAUCUCUCUCCUUCCGAUGACGGCAAUAUCAAUCGUCUUUCUGUGUAUGAUGAUCUCGAUAUGCAAACGAUCUCCACGGGACCGACACAUGCAUAUGUGGUAACGUCGAUCCUCACUACCAUGACGGCAUACCCGCCUGUGCUUAGCGCGCAGGAUCGGCAGAUCGAUGCACUGCGUCGCUCAGCUCUCAAGCGUGCGAACCCACACCAAGAACAUGGCCACAGUGCUGAUGCUCAAGAGCAUAGUGAUGCUGAACAUCUCGCACCCACUGCUACUGCGAAGCGUGUGCGUCUGCUAGUCGAGGCGGGUCUCUUACCUUCGCUUGUUGCCCUGGCUAUGGCCCCAUCGACGGCAAGCGACUCGCAUCUCGUGCCGCUGCGUCGGCAGCUUCAGCUCCUGUUCCUCUCUCUUGUAACGGAGCAGGAUGCAAAAUUCCGUGGUCGUCUUCUUCAACAGGGCAUCAGUCGGGCGCUCUUGUCGCUGUCGCAGCAAGUAUAUGCGAGGGCGACAUCGUCGCCGACGACUGUGGAAGCGGAUGAUCUUUUGCCAUUUCAGGCGCUUGCCAAACUCAGCAUAUCGACCAAUCCUGCACUGAUGUACGGCCUCGAUGGUACGUCAGCACGUGCUGCAACAUAUCUCGCCGUGCUGUUUCUUGCGCCGUCGUCCUCAUUGCUGCAGGUAUUUGAGGCAGCUCUAGCUCUUACGAAUCUUGCGAGCAUGUCGCCUGCGAUGGCAACGCUUGUUGCCCACACCUCAUAUGGGCCAUCGGAGCAUAAGGAUGUGGCUAAUGCCAUUGUGCCGAUGUUCUUGCAGUUCGAUUCAGUCAUGCUCCGUCGUGCUCUCAUGGAGCUACUUUGCAACUUGGUGCAGGACGAAAGUGUAUACGCACAUUGGUCAGGCGAAGGCGAUUUGGAUACUUCUCGUGAAACGGACAUCAAGCACAAUGGCGACGAACAGAAUGGCGAUCUUGUUGUUGAUGACCGUUCACCUACCUCUGCGGCGACUCUAGAUGCGGCAGAGUCAGUUCGUUCCUCUACUCUUCGUUUGCACACUGCUCAUGGGCGUCUACAAUUCCUACUCACUUUGUUGAUGGUACCUACAGAUGCUCAUGAGACAGCACUUGUCAAGGCUGUAGCUGGUCUUGUUGCAAUGCUGGGAGCUUCACCAGUCACCUGUGAGCAACUCGUUCAUAUGCCGCAUUCAAAGCUGCGCAACGUCGCUGACCUUCUUGAGUCGACAGAGCUCUCGCCCAUGGAUACACAUGAGCUUGCGAUCCGGACAUUGACCAUUGUCUCGUGCAUGACUGACUAUGCCCAGUGGCUCGGCCCAUCCGCACGGACUGACAGCAUACGUCGCGUCCUUAAGGUGACUGGUCUCGUUGCAGCUGUGCAGCACUACCUGCAGCGUCACUUGACGUCUACAGCCCGUGCACAGCAAGACGACGUUGUCAGCGUACAAAAGCACGCGGUGACCCUCGCUGUCAGCAUAUUCAAGACUAUGGCCACGUGGAACGAAACGUGCGCUAUUAAAGUGGGCGCUUAG